GACAGGAGGUCGGUGCUCGCCAUGGGGAGUUUUUUGUGUUUUUUCUUAAAGGCGGGCAGAGGGAUGGCGGAUGUGCGGGCAGCGGAACGGAGGCCAGAGCGGAGGCGAGCGGAGGUGGAGGAGAAGUGGGCAGAGGUGGAGAGGAUAUGGCAGGAGGAGGCGGGCGGGAGGUGGCUGAGGUGGAGAGGAGAUGGUGGGAUGAGGCGGACGGGAGGUGGCGGAGGCGGAGAGGUGAUGGCGGGAGGAGAUGACGGGAGGAGGCGGACGGGAGGAGGCGGACGGGAGGUGAUGACGGCAGAGGAGAAGUGGCGGAGGCAGGGAGGAAAGCAAGAAGGUAGAGGAGAUGUGGGUGGAGGUGGAGGGAGAUGGCAGGAGGAGGCGGACGGGAGGUGGCAGAGGCGGAGAGGAGAUGGCGGGAGGAGGCGGACGGGAGGUAGCGCAGGCGGAGAGGUGAUGGCGGGACGAGAUGGCAGGACGAGGAGGAUGGGAGGUGGCAGAGGCAUAGAGGAGAUGGCGGGAAGAGGCGGACGGGAGGUGGAGGAGGCGGAGAGGAGAUGGCGGGAGAAGGCGGAGGGGAGGUGGCGACCCUGGAACGGGCCAAUGGCCAGCAGGUGCCGGGGCGAUUCUUCUCCGACGGGCCCUCUGUUUCAACGGGCGCAACGAUCCAGGCCGCCCGAGGUCCAACCGGGCCAAUGGCUCGGAUCGUCCCACGAUCUUAAGACUUAAGGAUCGCGCAAUGAUCCAGGCCGUCCGGCAGGGCAGGGAGGACGGCCUGGAUCAUCACACAAUCUUGAAGUCCAUGGGUGUUGUGGAGGCCAGUCACUGAGUACACAGUGAUCACCUAGAGCAGUAGGCCGUGGGUGUCCUGAAAUAUGAGACCACCUCCCAUCCCAUCUUCACAUCAAUACUCCUAGCGCACCCCCUAUCCCACUAUCCUACCUCAGUGUGACAAGCACUCAGGACCAUUACCCUACCAAUG